CACACGCACACACACACACAGCAUCGCUGGCCAUCAGCAGCGUCUGCCGGCUGCAUCCCUCCUGCUGCUGCUGUAGCACCGCGGCUUCUUCUCCAUCACUGCUCUGCGUCGCCUGCUGCACCUGACAUCCAGACCGACCGCAGGACUCUCUGUCGUCUGAUUUCUCUCCCUUUUUUUUCUGGAGAUAACAACAACAACAUCCCUAUUGGACAUGAUGGGGAACAAAGAGCGACGACGUGUGAAUUUCAAAGGCUUGCUGAAGAAGAACUGGCUCCUGAUUGCCACGAUUUUAUCAGUGCUGCUGGGGAUCAGUUUGGGCGUCGUGGUCAGAGAGUAUGCGUCCCUCUCCAAUCUCCAGAAGCAGUAUUUUGGCUUCCCAGGAGAGAUCCUCAUGCGAAUGCUGAAGCUGGUCAUCCUCCCGCUCAUCAUUUCAAGCAUGAUAACAGGUGUUGCAGCCCUGGACUCUGAGGUAUCAGGAAGGAUAGGUCUGCGAGCUGUUAUUUAUUAUUUCUCAACAACCAUAAUUGCCGUUAUUCUUGGGAUUAUUUUGGUGAUGACUAUCAAACCGGGAGUUUCACAGACAGCCGAUCACAUUGACAGAGCCGGGACCACACCCAACGUCACAACAGUUGACACACUCUUGGACCUCAUCAGAAAUAUGUUCCCCGAAAAUCUGGUGCAGGCUUGUUUCCAGCAGUACAAGACCACUCGCAAAGAGCUGGAUCCUCCGAAAGUUUCUGCCAACAGCAUCAACACCACCACCCCCACUAUUCCACCUCUCACAACUGCUGUCAUGUCGGUGGUAGAGAACAUAACCAAGGACUAUAAAAUCACUGGGGCAUAUUCAGAUGGGAUCAACGUAUUGGGGCUCAUCGUGUUCUGUGUUGCGUUUGGCCUCGUCAUCGGGAAGAUGGGCGAAAAGGGCCGUAUCCUCCUGGAAUUUUUUGAUGCCCUGAAUGAGGCAACCAUGAAACUGGUCCAGAUCAUCAUGUGCUACAUGCCGGUAGGGAUCCUGUUCCUAAUUGCUGCUAAGAUCAUCGAGGUGGAAGACUGGGAGAUCUUCAGGAAGAUGGGUCUUUAUAUGGUGACGGUGCUGAGUGGCCUGGCUAUCCACGGCACCAUCUGCCUGCCACUGAUCUUCUUUGUCAUUGUGAGGAAGAACCCGUAUACAUUCACACUGGGAAUGGCUCAGGCCCUGGUGACAGCACUCAUGAUCUCCUCCAGCUCUGCCACCCUGCCCGUCACCUUCCGAUGUGCCGAGGAGAACAAUCGCAUUGACAAGCGGAUCACCCGUUUCGUCCUCCCAGUGGGUGCCACCAUUAACAUGGACGGGACGGCGCUAUAUGAGGCGGUGGCCGCCAUCUUCAUCGCCCAGUUGAAUGACUACAAUCUGGAUGUGGGCCAGAUUGUUACUAUCAGUAUAACAGCAACAGUUGCCAGUAUUGGAGCGGCAGGAGUCCCUAACGCUGGGCUUGUCACCAUGGUGAUAGUCUUAACGGCUGUUGGAUUACCUGCAAGUGAUGUCACUCUGAUAGUCGCUGUGGAUUGGCUGCUGGACCGGUUCCGUACUAUGAUCAACGUUCUUGGCGAUGCCUACGGAGCCGGUAUUGUCCAGAAAUUAUCCAAGAGGGAGCUGGAGAGGAUGGAUCUGACAUCAGACGUGGACGUCGCCAACCCCUUCGCUCUGGAAGCCACUUUGGAUGACGAAGAGUGCGAGAAGAAAUCCUACGUCAACGGAGGCUUCACCGUCGACAAGACAGAUGCAAUCUCCUUUACCGAAACCUCUCAGUUUUAGCCUGUGGCUGGCUCGGAGGAGCAGAGAAAGUGCCGCGCUGCUAUGGAUGUAAAACGGAAAACCUUCCAUCAUGUAUCAGCACCAUGACGAGAGAGGAAAACUAUCCAACCAGACCCAUCCAAGCUCAAACAUCAGCAAUAGCAGCCUCCAUUAAGCUUAUCCAAGAUGAUCACCCUUCAUGUCGGACAUUUACAACCACGACUAGAUUAAAGUGCUUCCUUCUUACACUCAAAUUGUGCCAAGAUUAAAAAAAGUCUGUUUGCUUUUGAAUAAGAGUGUAUUCUUUCUAGCAAAGAUGCACUCAAAAGAAGAGCUUAGUGUGUCUGUGUGUGUGCACGAGGACAUUCUUUUUGGAUGUAUCUGAAGUGUGUGUAUGUAUUUAGUUAAAAAUGUCAAUUCAACAAAACAAAAGAAUAAUCUGAAUUUGAAACUCCAAUCCUACUUUAUUUGCUCCUUGAUUAGACGAUGGUUCUCUAAAAUGUCUGAAUGAUCUUUUUUGUGUGGCUGUUGUUGAAUGUCUAUGUCCCAUAAUGCACUGCUUGUAUAUCUAUCUGUAUAUUUAAACUGUGCCAAACAUAUAAAGAGGUUUUUCACCGAGUUGCAUGAAGCAAUAUGUUAAAGAAAUGCUAAUCGCUGGCUGCGGACUGAUUUUUUAUGGAGACUUCACAGAGACUGGAGAUGGUUAACAAAAAGCUUAUGAAGUCAUUGAACACUGUGAAAUUUUAGGACAUUUUUUUUCAGAACCAAAUUAUUCUCUCUAACAUUCAUUGAUUUAUUGCAAAGUAUAAUGAUCAUAAAUAGUGUCUGUGUUUAGGCAGCAUGGGGGAAACAUUACAGUACAUUAGAUACCCCAACUUGUUCCUUGUCAAACAAGAUUAUUUUAAUCUUCACCUAAUGGAUUUAUGUGUCAAUAAUCAGUGUGUCUUUUUAAUACAAUUUCACUACUAUACUGUCACUGUGGUGAAGGGUCGAAAUAUGUUCAAAUGCUCUUAAACCAAUGGCUCAGCUAAGACAUAGACGUCUGGUAAGCUUCCAUCCGGUAAACUACAUUAGACAUGAAAACUGUUGGGCACAAUUGGUCAGUAAGCAGAGAAUGAGAUGAAUACCAAUCAAUACCAAUCCCAUGUUGGAAGCAGGGGGAAGAUAGCCUGGCUCACUCCAAAGUUCAAAUGUACAACUAGUACUACAAACGUUACUAAAGUCACAAAUUGUGUUAUGAAUUAUGCACACACAUGGGACAGGUAUCGAUUUCCCAAAAUGUUGAGGUAUUCCUUUCAUACAACCUGCAAAAAGGUAGGCUCAGCUGUACAGCAGUAAAGAAGUACAGCACCCUAACACUUAUCUAUGAUAGCUCUUUCUUCGAUAGUUUCAUUUCCCAAUGCAACUGUUACAUUAAAAUUCAAAUGCUGACAAGGAUUGGUAAAAUUCAGAGCAGCAGUGCCAUUUAUAACACCUCACAAUGACCCAGCCCUUGACUGGUUUGUAGCCAUUGCUAUAGAGCUGCAAACUGGUGCCGCACCUUGGAACAUUUGCUACUGGGCUGCGUGGAAAGGAUAUGAUGCAUCAAAACCACUGAAUAUAAUUAAGCAAUUUUACAGGCACUUUAUGCAGUAAUUAACUUGACAUGGUUUGUCCUAUCUGCAUCUUUUCUUAUCUUUGCCUGUCAUGCCCAAUUUUGCACUACUGAAAGUAGGCCAUCAGUACAUGAGGUAAUCUGCCCACCAUCGCCGACGUAGCUAUGAGCUAUAUUUGUGUUACAAAAAGCAAAAAGCUUUGAGAGUUUGAGAGAGCUUGAGAUGUUCUACUGAGGAGUUAUUGAAGAUUAAAGAUCUUAACAAGUGUUAACAACAACAAUGUCGAUAUAAAAUGGUCCAGGUGAAAAAAAGUUUGGAUACCGCUACCACCGCGAAUGAAAAACUGUGAGAGAAACUGCUGUAAUAGCUAAAAAGCAAAUCCAUAAAAAUGUCAAGGUACUAAAUUGGCAAAAGAAAAUGCGAAUGAAUGCUUGUUUCCAUCCACUACCGUUAUGCAAUUAUAAGGAGUUGGUUCAUCGAGAUAUGGCGCCAAUUCUUAAGUUGGGUGCCAUUAUACCGUUGCAGAAUUAGAGGGCGUAACAAGAUUAUGGAAUUAAAGAAGAGCCAGUCAAACAUCAAAUGAUGAAAAACAAUGCAGACAACUGGAUGGAAAUGUGACAUUUCUGUUUAUGAAUAUUCCUUCAGAGGAGCUGAAGCAAGUGGACGUUGAAGUCACAUGCUUCAUGCACGUCAUUUAUUCACUAUUGCACUUUGUUGCAUUUUGCCUUUAUCAAUACACCAACUAUUCCGCCUCAGCCAAACGUUUUUGCAAUAUUUCACGAUUUUUUCAAAAUUUUCGGCAUUUUCACUCAGGUUUUCUUUAUGAAGAAAAAAACAGGUGGAUGGAAACGCACCUAAUAUGCUUAAUUCCUUUAAUGCCAAUCAAAUAAUUACAUUUUGAUAGUUCUUGUGAACAGGUGGAAAUAUGGUCCUGAUAAUGGCAGUUAUCUAACCAGUAGUUUUUGAAAUACUCUGGACAAAUAUGUUGAAUGGACACACCAACCAAGAUCGCCUUCCUUAGAAUGUCAAUGACAGUUAAUGCUUUGACGCAAAUGCCACAAAUGAUACAAAUGUCUGUACUUAUGUUAAUGCUCCCUGGCUGCACUGUUAUUUGUGAUGCUCACAGCGUGUGAUGCUUGUGGUCUUAUGCUUUUUGAUAAAAAUGUAUGUCCAUGUCUGUAACUGAGAGCUGUUUAUUUGACUCCAAGCAGCAGCUGCAUACUAUGAUGCCUGCACAUGCACAUACUGUACAGUACUUCAGCUUGGACUAAGUGGUGUAGAGUUGUUUGGUGGGGUCAACUUGAAAAAGACAUGACCUGGGACCAGCAGUGGUAUCGCCGAGGGUUUUUCUGCUGUACUAUGUUCCCAGUAGGCCUACUGGUCCCAUAAUCACUGUUCAACCACUUUCAUUGUUUCUAGUUUAGUAGCAGUCUUUUUUUUCCUUGGUUUACUUUCCACCAUGCCAUGAGUCUGAGCCAAAUACCUUAAUAAUAAUCCAUCGCAACACAACUCAAUGACACUCAUGUUGUCCAUCACAUGCUAAUGGAGGUAUUUUCUAGAAAAACAGCGAAGCUUCUUAGUAGUUUUUUUGCUCAGAUUGUGAUAGAAAUUAAACUUACAGCACAAUGUCACACUGUAUUGUUCCAUUUGAAGAUGGACGUUGGAAAUUAUCCGCUAGUUAGACAUGCUAAUUUUAGUGUUCCAGCUUGGGAAAAAAUCACGUAAGAAACACCUGUGAGAUUUUCUUUAGUUUUUGGAAAGUACUGCUCCCAAAACUGCAGCUAAUAGAAUACUUAACUAUGUUAGUAGCUAUACGUAGGCGUAGAAAAUUAGCAACUGCAAACGCUUCUCUUCCUGGCUAGGUAAACAUGCUAAUUUCAGUGGUCCAGUUUGGAAAAAUCACAGAAGAAACUCUUAUAUGUCUGUUAUACUGGUUCCAAAGCAACAGCUAAUGUGUUGCUACUUUGCAAUGUUUGCAGCUACCUAGCAUAGAAGAAAACGCAACUGCAAAUGCCACUCUAUCUUUCAGCAUUGUCCUGUAUCAUGCAGAUGUUUUGAUAGAGGUCAUGGAGUGUUGAAAAAUUAAACUUUGUCUAUUUUCAGAAUAAUAUAUAAUGUUCAAUGAAGUAACGGUGUUUCCGGAGUGCUGUUAGGUUUAGUGUGACUUCACAUGACUACAUCCUUGGGGAUAACGUUUCUUGCCUAAGUUUCCUACUUGGGCUUUCAUGUUGAAGGGUCAUUCCAUUACUUUUUCCCAAGAGGUCAAAAUAUCCGUCUAAGUCUCAGUGUGUCGAUUUUAGUCGUCCCUACACUGCCAAAAGGGCCAUAUAUGAAAUAAAAGAUGGGUGAAUGAAGGUGUUUGUUUGUAAUUCUACACUGAUCAGAGAUGAUAAGCCCUCGCAAAUCAGGUUGUAUUCGACAUCUCAAAAGCACACUGGCAUCAACCAACCCCUUCUCUGUACAGACAAGUACUUGAGUACCUACAGUAUGUGAAUCAACAUGUACUACGUUGUGUGUAACUGCAAGCAAAUAAAAGAUUGCUCAUU